AUGGGGAGUGGAAAACAAAGGUGGAAGAUUUCCUUUCACAAGUCACCAUCAACUCUACUGUUACUCAAAAAGCAAUCUCCCCCUCCGAAAGAGUUUCUGUGUCCUAUUUCAGGCUCGUUAAUGGCGGAUCCUGUUGUAGUCUCGUCCGGUCAUACUUUCGAACGCAACUGCGUCCGAGCAUGCGUUUCUCUUUCGUUUAAACCUGCUAUGUUCGAUGGGUCAAAACCUGAAUUCUCUACUGUCAUUCCGAACCUUGCUUUGAAGUCGACUAUUCUUAAUUGGUGUCGUGAUCACUUCAUCGACCCCCCUAAGCCCAUCGACCACUACACUGCUGAAGAGCUUGUACAUAAGUUGUCUACUGCUGAGUUGACACGGACAGCUAGUCAGUUGUCCAUAACGAGUUCGGAGGAAUCAGUUACUCCUAGAAAUGUCCAUACAAGUACUCUUCUUGCUCUAACUACCCGUCCCUCCUGUUAUUCAUCGUCAUCGUCAUCUGAUGUUGAAGCCUUAAAUUCUUUAGAAGAGGAAGAAUUCAUAAUUAAGCUGAAGAGUUCACAUGUUUUUGAACAAGAAGAGGGUCUGAUUUCGCUUAGGAAACUGACUCGAACAAAAGAAGAAACACGGAUCAUUCUCUGCACUCCGCGACUACUCUCAGCCAUUAAAUGUCUAAUCAGCUCGAGAUACUCAUCUCUACAAGUAAAUGCUGUGGCAGCAUUGGUGAACCUGUCAUUAGAGAAGCAAAAUAAGGUGAAGAUCGUACGGUCAGGGAUUGUUCCGUUAUUGAUCGAGGUUUUGAGGGGAGGAUUCCCCGAAUCGCAGGACCAUGCUGCUGGUGCACUCUUCAGUUUAGCUCUUGAUGAUCAUAACAAGACUGCUAUUGGUGUUUUAGGAGCGUUGCCACCGCUUCUUCAGUCGCUCCGGUCUGAGUCGGAGCGCAUUAGGCAUGACUCGGCACUGGCUUUAUACCAUCUUUCGUUAGUACAGAGCAAUCAGGUUAAAAUGAUCAAACUCGGGUCAGUUCAGAUUUUGUUGGGCAUGGUGAAAUCGGGCCACAUGAUGGGUCGGGUUCUUUUAAUUCUCUGUAAUCUGGCUGCCUGUGCGGAGGGAAGAGCUGCAAUGCUGGAUGGUGGUGCGGUAGAGUGUUUCGUGAAUAUGCUGAGCCGCGAGGAUUUUGACUCGGCGUCGACUCGAGAUAGCUGCUUAGCGGCGUUGAAUGGGCUGAGUUAUGGAGGGCUGAGGUUCAAGGGGUUGGCGAAGGAGGCCGGGGCGGAGGAAACGCUCGAAAAGGUGGUGAACACUGGAAGUGAGCGAAUAAAGCAGAAGGCAAGUAGGAUACUGGAGGUGUUGAGAAGGAAGGAUGAAGAAGAGGAGGAGGAAAUUGAUUGGGAGAAGUUGCUGGAAUCGGAGGAUGAUCUGAGUCGGACUCGGUGUCUACUCGGUGGUGGUGGGUCUAAUUCAUUCUAA